AACAGGCCGUGAAUGUGAAGCUCGCUUCGAUUCUUGGAGCCGUGUCGUUCGGUUCUCGGUAAAUGAACGGUAACAUCUGGCUUUCAGACAGACAAUUGUUUUCCAUUUUUAAUCAGAAUAAAUCAAAAGCGUCUGAGAUGUGCAUAUAGACGGUAGAUCCCGGCUCCGCUCUGACAGGAUGAUCCCCGUUCCUCCUUUAGGUUAGAUGAAGCCUAAGCUGUCUAAUCACCAUCGGGCCGCCCAUCCCAGCCAGCGGCUCCCUCCGAGCUGCUGGAGUCCGACCAAGAGGUGAACGUACAGUCGGACGACCAGCGGCUCUCCGUUGUCAUGGACGCGGGUGUUCGUGUCCGAGGAGUCCUUGUAAGGUCCAGGGCGCCCAUCAGACGAGAGACGGUGCGUGACUCCGGAGCGCAGUCUGCAAAGAGCCUCCUUAGGAACAAGAAGGAGCUGUGCAGCGUUGGCCUGGAGCUGCCGAGCAGAGACACCACGCGGCUGUCGGAGAUUCAUUUUGUGUGUCUGCCCAGGCACAAUGAAGGAGAGGAUGUCACCCAGCAGGCUCUAUCCUCCCUGCCUGGGGGGCUGUGUGAGCUCCUCAGGUCUCUCCACGCACACAGCCUGAAAAAUGACGAGGUUCUGCUGCUCAGAGACUCGCGCAGGCUGCCGGAGCACAGGGACCACGGCCCUCAGUGCUGGCUGAAGGCUGUGUGCGUCCUGAGGCAGAACCCCAGCUCAGGCGCGCACGCUCAGGCCAGCGUGGCGUCUCUGGUGGGCUUCCUAGGAUGCUACAUAGCAGGGGUCCGCUAUGUGCUGGAGCUCCAGGGCCUUCAGAGGGGUCUCAGUGAGCCCAGCCAGCCAGAGGAAGACGACACCAACCUGUCGGUCUCCUCCAUCGAAGAUGAUUUCGUCACCGCGCUGGAGCACCUGGAGGAGGAGGACGCUAGAGACAAUCCCUCUGCUGCUGCGUUCGGCCAUCUGAAGAAACGCAACGUUGCCUCACAGACAAUCCCGGCCCACAGGAGGAAGAAGGAGCUGUCCGGCUCCCGCGUCAUCAUCAGCUCGUCUUUCCAGAAGCAUUCAGCCAAACACGGACCUGCUCCUGACGUUUCAGUCACAGUGCAGCGGUCGUCGUCUGAUGUGGAGUCACAGUGGACCUACUGCAGUCCUGGAGCUCGUCAGCCUUCCCCUGCUGCUCAUAUUAGCGAAUCAGAGGAGUCGGACUGCUCCAGCCCCAGUCCAAUCAUUUUCCUGGAUGAAGUGGGCUACCAGAAGAGCCUGUUGGCCAAGCUGGACAUCCCCCAGGUGCCAGGGGGGCCCAGGGAGCCGGUAGAAGACUCAGACUCUGAAGUCAGUGAGUUCUUUGACAGCUUCGACCAGUUUGAUGACCUGGAGGAGCUGAGCUCAGAAAGCUGUACCCUCGCUCUACCGCUGGACUCCAUCAACGCCCCGGCUGCACAAAAAAACCCUGAGUCUGGUGGCCACACGUCCAAGUUUGUCUCCCGGGGAUGCUCAACCAAGAGUAUGAACCCUCAGCGCUUUGACCAGCCCACUCUCCCAGCCAAUGUGAAAAAACCCACUCCUCUGAAACCAGGCUCUCCCUACUCUCCUCACCCUGACCUUCCUGACAACCCUUGGGCUACGCAGACCCCCUCUGAGGAAAAUGGAGGACCUCUCUUCAGUCCCGUCAGCUCCUCCGCCUUCAGUCCUUUGGUGGAACCUAGUGGACCGCUGGAAUACUUCUGGAAAGCGGAGGGGAAAGGGGAGGAGAAGUCAGAGCUCCAGAAACCUCAGGACCUCUGCUCCCUCUAUAAGACCUACUCAGACUUUGCCAACAAUCUCUCCAAAGAGAUUCUGGGCUCAGUGUGUGGUUUCCAGUCUGCAGUGGACAUCAGUGACAACAAGAACCUCAGCUGCGUCUGCCACAAGGAGUUCAAGAACCCCUCAGGCUAUCUGAUGAAGCUGUCGGACAUCCAGGAGGCCGUCACUGUGGCCAAGCUGCAGGAGACGUCCCAGUCUCUGAAGGAUGGCAUUCAGAGGUUCGCCUCAGACCUGGUGGAGAUGAGCCUGGGCAGCGCACUGCGAGACCUCCAGAAAGGCGUGUCCUCCUGCACCACCACCUUAUGCCACCUGGCUGCCAGACUCACCACCUCCGUUUUCCAGAUGGCCUUCCAUGAAAUUGGCAUGAGACGUGCCUGUGUGUUGAAGAACCGGGCGAUCAAUGGAUUAGCCGGUUUCCUGGUCGGCGAGGCCGUUUCUGGGGCCCUCAAAGAGUUCCUCACUGUGAAGAAACAGAUCUUCCACAACACAGUGACGCAGUUUGCUGCCGAUCUGGCCGAGGAGCUGGUGUUCGAAGGCAUCAUGGAAGUGUGCCAGUUUUCCCACCCCUCCACCCCCAUAACACCCAGCGACUGGGCUUUCGGCCGCGGCUGUGCAGAGGAGGAGAAGGAAGAGGAGGAGGUGGUGUCCUCCUACGCCUCUCAUCUGUCUGAGUCUGUCAUUCAGGAGGCCUUCAUAGAGCUUUCUCAGGCUGACGUCGCCUUUACGAGCCGGGCCGCGAUUAGCGUGUCCUUGGAUAACAUCUGUUAUGUCAAUGCUGAGAACUCUGGCUGUCACACCAGCAUUACCUUCACUAACCAGGUGUUAGGGUCCAAUUCCACUGCAGCGGCUUCAGGAGAGCAGGCCUCCUGCACGGUGAAGAGCGCUCUGUUCACCGUCUCCGGCAUGGCCAGCUGUAUCUCUGUUCCCAAUGCUGGACACGCCCUGUCUGGCUUCCAGGAUUCACAAGAGGCUUCUCCUCACAGGUCCGGUUCGUCUAACAGCCCCCAAAGAUUGACGCUAACAUCCGCCUCUGACCAACCCCACGCAGACCUCCGUCAGAGCCAGACCACCGUACCUGUGGGAGGCUCCUCCCAACAGAAGGUAUUCCAAAGCUUCUCCGGUAACAUGGUGGAUCUGAUUGUGACUGAGGCCUGUGAACUCAUUACCGCCUCCAAGAUGAAGAAAGGUUUGGGUGACUGCGCUGACUUCUUGACCAAGACCAUGGGAAGCCAAAGGAACUCCUCCUCAAAGCUGGAUGCCCCAGAUUCACAUUCAAAGCGCGGGGCGGAUGGCAAGCAUUUUCAAGGUGAUGUCCAGCCAGGCGAUGCGGCCCAAACACUUCCUGUAACCAUGGACAGCCUGGAUGUGCCGAUCACCGCUCCGGCGGGACGGGGCAGGGAUGACCCGGCUCCACGGCCCAUCCAGGGGUCCGCCGGGACUCCUGGUACCCCUCCCUCCACGCCUCAGCAGGCCAGUGAGGUCUCCCAAGAGAAGCAGAUAAAACGGUUUUCUAAGAAGCUGAAAAGCAAGCUGGCCAACGAGUUUUCUCCUGCGACUCCGCCCCCAACACCUCACUAUCAGCCGGAGCCUGGAGACGCCGCCGCUAAUGGAGAGUUCAUGCUCCACCUCAUGAGGUCCCUCUCUGAGGAGGCACUCGGCGAUGAAGACGUUGAGGAGGAGGAAGCGGUUGAGGAAGGAGGAGUUGUUGGAGCUCAGAGAGGCGUGGGGGCGGGCCGCGGGCGGCGGGACCCAAGUCAUAGGACGUCCCACAAGGAAGCUCUACACUAUGCAGAGCGCUUGGCGUGUCACAUUAUUUCCAUGGCGACGGAGAUGGACACAUUAGGGGUGUCUGAGGAAGAGGGGGAGAAGCAAAAAGACAGCGUGGCCCAGUUCUCGGAGCAGACUCUGAACACGCUGUGGGUUUACGCUGGCGAGGUGGCGGGGCAGGUCAUCAGCGACGUGAAGGCCAUGGUGGGCUCCGGACUGCGGUGUCCUUACCACAAGGCCCAGCGUCUCCGCAGGAGGAGUCUGGACAGAUCAAGCUCUGAAGGCUGGCAUCCCCGACACCGGCAUCGCUCUCAGCCCGGGACCGACCACAACCGGAACUCAGGGUUAGCAAAGCUUGCAGAGCGAUGGUCCAACAACCUGAUAGCUUCCGUCUCUCAGUCCCCCACCUCCACGUCCAGCUCCGGCCUGUCCUCAGAGUACCCCAGCUGUGAGAGCGUAACGGACGAGUACGCAGGCUACCUAAUCAGGGUGCUGAAGAAGGAGGGUGGCAGCAGGGAGCUGGUCCUGGACCAGUUUGCUAGCCGCCUAGCGUACCGCUCUAUUAAAUUAGGCCUGGCUCAUGCUAGCCGUAAGAAUAAGCAAAGGUCGUCCAGCAGCCGCCUUCUCUCCUCCAAGUCUCUGCCAGAUGAGUGGAAGGCUUCCGGCAGCGAAAGCUUAUUGUCCACAGAUGGAUCCGGAUCUGUGGGGUUGUCGGGUGAGGAGCAGCAGUGUUGUUGCUCAGCCUCCAAGAAGCAGAGCAAGGCAGAGAACGUGGACCUGGUCAGCUUUGCUGAGUCGUUAGCCUACAGCAUCACCUGUGAUGUCACACGAAAGCUUCGUCUAUCUUCAGUUCGCCUUCCCAAGUCUCUAACCGACUCCUGUCUUUAUAAAAAGACCAAACUCGACGGUGUGGCCGAUGACCUCAUCAGGAACUCUUUCUCCUGCCCUCUGCUGUCCAAGGAGGACCCAAGCAGACCGUACCACAGUACGGGGAGUCUGUGCGAUGGCGGCUACAGCAGUAAGGCCAUGCAGGUCAUAGAACAUUACGCCAGGAAGAUCGUUGAUGACACCAUCAAAAUGAGUCCGGCUUCGGUUGGGCGUUUCUCUUGGGAGCAUCUACAGACCGACAGCCAUGAUAGGCACUCCCACGCCCUGAGGCUGUCCGAGGGACCGGCAGCACUCCCGUCUUUGGGACAGAGGACCUGCCGUUACUGUCUGUCUCAGGAAUGUCCUCACUGCACUACACUGGGCAGACGCUGCUACCGUCCCGUCCUACAGAGACGGGCGGCGGCAUCAGACAGCCAUCAACCGUCUGAGCCCCUCUCUGCCCUGGAGAUCCCCAGGAUCCACAUCGACCUGGACCACAGGGCGGCAUUUGCAGAGGAAGUUGUCUCUCUGGCGAUGGAGACGGCGAAACGAGAGCUGAGCAACACCAGCCUCAACGCAGACAGCGGGAUCGGCCACGACGGCGCCAGCUACGCCGAGAGCCUGACGGCAGAAAUAAUGACGUCAGCGCUGACUAACGUCUGUCAGGCCCCCAUCAUAAGUUCUCCAGGUCGGGAGCAGACAGAGUCCACCGUGUCCCAGCAGCUGAGCGUGGGGGAAGACAGUCUGGGCAGCUGGUCUAACCUCAGCUUUGAGGAAGAUCACCCGGACGACAACAGCAGCUUCCUCCAUCUGAGCGACAGCAGCAAUGGGAACAGCAGCAGCUGGAGCAGCCUGGGCCUGGAGAUGGAGGCGUGUGAGGAGCGCAUGUCGUCCUUCUCCCCAUCCGACAGCGAUAACACGGAGGACAAGGAGACGGAGGCCAAGGAGGAGUCCACUGGAACCCUCUGUGCAGACAGGACCCCGGUGCAGACCCCCAGGACCGCUCUGCUCAUAGUGAACUCUGAAGUCAAGGAGCCGGGGCACGGCCCGUCGCCCGGCACACCAGACCCCCAGCUCAGGAGCAUGCUGCAGUGGGCGGCGGCCUCUGUGGUUGACGUCCCUCAGAUCCAGCUGGAUGUUGGCAGAGAGCUGCAGCAGCUGCCGGCGGUGGUGCAGAAGCUCCGAGAGAGAAGGUGGAAGGUGUCCGAUCUGCUGCACAUGCUGCUGCGCUACCAAGAGGAGAGCCUCCGUCAGCCGCCGCCCGCCACCGGAACCCAGCACCCCCCCCUCUUCCAGUGGCUGCUGGAGAACGCUUAA